AUGCUACUGUGGAGCCUCCUGUUUCUCUGUAAAGUACUGUUGGUUUGUUUUGUGUUGCUAGUACUCACUCUUUUCCCACACAAUAGGAUGUGGAAUUUUUCGAAAGCUGGUUUCACAUCAGAUUCUACCCUCUACCUGGCCUUUUCUAAUCUACUAUUGCUUUUUGUUAACCUGCAGGUCUAUUGGCUCUUCCAGAAACUGAAGCUCAGCUCAAAACCUCACCAUUCUCCUCUUAUUCUUGAAAGUGGCGAGAAAUGGAUCGUGAUGACGUGGCUGGCUUUGUUAGUGGAGGUUGCAAACAUUCCUGCUGAGACUUCUAACCCAGUACAGGCCUCCCUAAACCUUGGAUCUGGUGGUAAUAUUAACUCCUUGAACGAUCCUUGUCACUGGAGCACAGUUCAGCAAGCAGUUGAGUACAGAGGUACUGCCAUUGGCACACUACUGUAUUCCAACUUCUCUACAGACAAUCUGAGAGCACUGAAAAGGAAGUGGGUUGAUAUGGCUGGAGUGGAAGGUCCUGAAAAUCCACUGCUCACCCUUGGCCUGGGCUGUUCACCAAGUUCCUCUGAAAAUAGCAAGGUUAGCUCCCCCACAACUUGCAUGAUGUCCCCAUCUUCACUGAAAGAGACUGAUGAGGAGUCAUCAAUGGAUCUUGGUCUCAAUUUUGAUCUUUGUCUUGGUCAUGAUACUGCACAUCAUCACAAAAAGCCAUGUGCUGAGCAUGUGCCGUCAGCAGGUGCUCCCAAACUGGAUCUUCAGUUGAGUUUGUCCACUUGUUCGCCUGAAUCAGCUGUCACCAAUGCAAGUACUGCAUCAAUAAAUGUUAAUGAUGGCUUAGAGACAGUGGCACCUAAUUUGGUGACAGAUGCUAUUGGGGAAAAACUCGAGCCCUCCUCUAGUUGGGUUUUCAGGCAUUAUAUAGCUUCAUCAUCAUAUGCUUCUGAAGCAACCUACAACUUUUCAUUGCCAAAGAUAUCUGAAAAGGUUGAUGAUGCUGUGCCUUCUCCAGAUGUCUCAUCAGCCAUUACAGUGAGUGUGAAAAGCCCAGCUGCCUGUACUUCUGGGGGAACUAACUCCCAAAAACGGAGCAUUAACACUAAAUGCUGUCAGUUCCCAGGAUGUGAGAAAGGAGCAAGAGGAGCCUCUGGUUAUUGUAUUUCCCAUGGCGGUGGUAGGCGAUGCCAGAAACCUGGGUGCCAGAAGGAGCUGAGGGAAGGACCAUCUACUGCAAAGCACAUGGUGGUGAGUGCUGAAGGCCGCACUGACCACUGCAUAGCCCAUGGUGGCGGUCGCACAGUAGUCAGGAAGGCUGUUCACGCGCUGCGUGGAAAGUCUGGCUUGUGCAUCAAGCAUGGAGGCGGCAAGAGGUGCCAGAGGAGAACUGCAAGAGAAGUGCGGAAGCAUACUCUGGCCUCUGCAUCUCUCAUGGUGGUGGAAGGCGCUGUCAGUUUCCAGAUUGUACAAAGGGUGCCCAGGGAAGCACAAAGUUCUGCAAGGCGCACGGUGGAGGGAAGCGCUGCACAUUCCCCGGCUGUACCAAAGGAGCUGAAGGUAGCACUUCUCUCUGCAAGGGGCACGGUGGAGGUGCUUAGUCUCAGGCUGUACCAAGAGUGCCAGAGGAGGACGGAAUACUGUGUCCGCCACGGCGGUGGUAAGAGAUGCAAGUUUGAGGGCUGUGCCAAGAGCGCGCAGGGGAGCACCGAUUUCUGCAAGGCCCAUGGCGGAGGCAGACGCUGCUCAUGGGGCCAGGAGGGCUCAAGCUUUGGGGUUGGUGGUCCGCCGUGUGACAAGUUUGUUCGUAGCAAGAUUGGUCUUUGUGCAGGUCACAGCGCUUUGGUUGAGGAUCACUGCGUCCAUGGCGGCGGCUCAUUAGGUCCUGCGAUCAGACAGUUGACAGCUGAUUGCAAGUCCGAUGAGAUGCAGGCUGCUGCAAUGAAGGGCGAUGCUGAUAUGACGAACGGAGAAGACGAAGCUCUCCUGGGAUGGAACGAUGAUGAUUCUGUCGAGGCGCAGCCCAGUGCAACCCCGUUUCCAGAGGGCAGGGUUCAUGGCAGUGGGCUGCUAGCUCUACUCUCCGGAAGAGGCCAUGUCAGCGCCGCCAGCUGCUCUGUCAAUGGCGCGGCCUCGACUUCGUCUGCCAUGCGCACCUGGAUGUGA